AAAUACAAUAGAAAAAUUCAAAAAUUCAUCGAGGCAGCAUUUGAUUUCUCAAAAAGAAUGGCUGCCAUGAACAACAAAACUAUGAGCAUCAUACUCCUCUUCCUUGCCCUCCUUUCUCAAUGUUAUAGCCAGUGUCAAUUGAGUGAUCUGAAGAUUGAACAGAAACAAACAGGGGCCAAAGUCAAAGGAAAGCAAGAGUGGCGAGCUUUUAUAGUCACUGAUUGUAUAUGUACUUUUCCCCUGGUGGUUUUAAAUUGUUCAGGAUUUCAAUCUGUAAAGCCUAUCGACCCUUCAUUGAAGAUUCAGGGGCAACUUUGUGUUGUUGCUGAUAGUAACCCUAUCACGAGAUUUCGCCCUGUUACUUUCAGAUAUGCAUGGAACUCUUCUUUUCACUUUAAUAUUGUUGGUGGAGAAAUUGCUUGUCCCUAAUUUCUCAAUGCCCAAAAAUCUACUUGUAUUCUUAUAUUAAGUAAUUAAAGAAUAAAACUUUCGUGA